AUGCCUCCACCAUUAGCAAACCACCCCAUCCUCAACAGCCUCAAUGAUGCCCAACGCCGAGCCGUAAGUUCAGAUGCCGCUACUGUCGCCAUCCUUGCUGGACCCGGCAGCGGCAAGACGCACACUCUGACCUCUCGAGUGGUAUGGCUCAUUGAUCAAGUCGGAUACCGACCCGAGGAUGUCGUCGUCAUGACCUUUACCGUCAAGGCUGCACGGGAAAUGAAGGAGCGUAUCGGUAAGGCUCUCGGAGAUGGUAGGGAGAAGAAGAUUGUUCUGGGCAACUUCCACAGCAUAGCUCGACGCUAUCUUGCUGCCUACGGCCGGAAAAUUGGAAUCAAUCAGAAAUUUGGCAUUGCCGACGACGGCGACUCGCGCUCCAUCAUUGCUCGGAUAUGCAAGCGAAGAGAAGUCAAUCUCGAUCCUGUGGCCGUUCGCUCCUGGAUCAGCAAAAAGAAGGCCAAGGGAGAUGAAGUGGUGACAAAGCCACUUGGUCAGAAGGCCACAAAAACGUCAGGAGAGAAGGACCUCGACGAAUGCUAUGAGGAGUAUCAGGCUCACCUGAAGAAGUCGAACCUGCUGGAUUUCGACGACUUGCUUGUUCGUUGUGUUGAACUUCUCCGCGAGUUUCCGUCAUGCGUCUCCAACAUCCAGACCGUCCUCAUCGAUGAGUAUCAGGACACUAACGGGGUUCAGUACGAGCUCAUGAAGUUGUUCGCUCAACGACACAAGAGAAUUACCAUUGUGGGGGAUCCGGAUCAGAGCAUUUACAGAUGGCGUUCUGCCGAGAUUCAGAAUCUAUGGCGAAUGCUGAAGGAUUUCCCCGGCACAGACGAGAUCUCACUGGAGCAGAACUAUCGAUCGUUUGACGCCAUCCUCAGAUUGUCCCUGUUGGUGAUACAGCAGGACAAGAAGCGAUAUCAGAAGGCUCUGAAGCCUGUCCAUGGCCGAGGUCCUCGUCCGGUUUUGCGGAGGCUGAAAAGUGCUUCCGCCGAGGCAGAUUGGAUCGUCUCCGAGAUCAGGAGAGUCAUCAUGAUGUCUGGAUCUAUGCUGGCCUUCAAUGAUGUUGCCAUCUUGCUCCGCUCAGCUUCACUAUCAAGACAUGUUGAGACUGCUCUUGGCAAAUCGGGAAUCUCUUACAGGAUGGUGGGCGGCAAGAAGUUUUACGAGCGUCUGGAGAUCAAAGCCAUCCUGGAUUAUUUGCGCGUCAUCUACCAGCCGGAAAACAACGAUGCCUUGGCCAGAAUCAUCAACGUACCGAAACGAGGAGUCGGAGAUGUGACCAUAAAGAGUUUGCUAGAGGAAGCAGAGAGCUCGUCGUUGAGUGUCUGGGCGGUAUUGACUAAGCACUGCCGAGGAGAUCGUACCUCAAAGACAAGGAUUCCGAAACCCAUGGAGCAAAGAAUAGCAGCCGGUCUCAUUCGUCCUCUGGAUAAUAUCCGUCGAAAAAUGGAGGAGGCUGCUAAGCCUGGUGGUGUGGUCUUUGGGCUAGUGGAAAUGAUUGAGCAACUUCUGGCAGCCCUCAAUUUUCAAAAGUAUCUGAAGGAUACGCACCCCAACGAGCACGAGGGGAGAUGGGCCAAUGUAGAAGAGUUCGUAACUCUUGCGGGCGACUUCGUGCGGGAUCUAAAAGAGUCCAGUGAUGAGGAGCUCCUUCCAGAACUCGAGGGGCUCGAGCAGGCAAAAGAGGACGAGGUUCUGCCACGUUUCUUGGCCAAUGUUUCUUUGGCAUCCGAUGUCCAGACUGGGGACGACGGGGAAAACAAGCCGCUUGUCACCAUAUCCACCAUCCACGCAGCCAAGGGCCUCGAGUGGCCCGUCGUGUUUGUCCCUGCCGUCUAUAACGGCUCGAUCCCGCAUAUGAGGUCCGACGACAACGAUGAGGAGCGAAGACUCUUGUAUGUCGCCAUGACAAGAGCCCAAAGUCUACUCUAUCUGAGUUGCUCCCUGUUUAGCACCAACGGCAAUGGGGAGCGCAACCAGUUAUCGUCUUUUGUGGAGCCUCUGCACAGAGUAUUUGCAUCCAAGGGGCCGUGUUUCGAUCGACCGGUCAUGCUAGAGAUAGCCAAGGUGCUUGGUCGCACAUUACCACCAGAGGAUGCUGUCUUCAAAGCCUUGCCGUCCAUGUUCAACCCGGAAGACAACAUAUUUCCCGUGGACCCAGAAGAAUCCCAAGAGGUCCCAGCUGCCGGUACUGAGGCUCGUACUUCUGAUGAUGCGCCACGAGCAAAGCGGCCCAGGCUCUCCAAUAUGUCUGGCCAGAAGAACUCAGGCGAAGACGCGCAGUGGCACAGAGACUACACAACCACUAUGGAGCGGGCUUCUUCUUUUACAGUCUCAUCGUUACCUGGGUUCGUCAGCGCUGGCAUGCACCAGGCCGCUAUCACAGCGGCAAACGCCGCGGCCGAGACUAGGCAAAAGGCUGAACAGGAGAAGAGACUUGCCAACCGACGUCCUCCAGACCAGAAGAGCAUUCUGGGUUUCGUGAAGUCUACAACUAAACCGAGUAUCGACCCCAGUCCAGCGCCAACGUUUCAUAAUGGCCUUCCAACUCAAGCCAGCCUUGCUCCUCCGCAAGUGACGGCCAACCCAGGCCAGCAGGCGAUUCCUCCCAGCCUGGCCACACACAAACCUGCCAAAGGGACGCUGCUUUCUCGUCCUGGCCGGCCUGCUCCAGCCCCUGAUGAAAAUCCCAAAGGAACGGCCUAUCCCUGUUUCUCCAGCUCUCCUGUCAAGCCCGACGCCAUCAAACCGGAUUCAGAUGAAGAUGAUGAGCCCUUACCAGAGCCCACCAGAGUGGCUGCUUGCCUUCACAGCACAACCUUCACGAGACCAACUCUACUGACGGCAGGGAGAGGAUCAGGAGGUCUGACAAGACCGAGUCCGGUGGGUAAAGUGGGAAGAACGCCUAUUGCACCGAUAGACAGACUGCGCAAACCGUUCAAGCCAUUGACGAUUAAGCGGCCUUGA